AUGGCUAUCAAUAAUUGUGCUGGCUACAUGAAUGAACAUCCUGUGAAGACACAACUGCAGUUGAGGUCCCAAUGCUUGCAGCUUAGUGUACUGGUGUCUGCAGACUAUGUGGUGCAAGUGGAGGUGCUCUCCUACAGUAACCCAUCCUACACACGCUUUAAUGGUCAAUGUUGUGAACGAUUCAGCAGUGUACUAUGUAUCGGAUUUCAACCCUGUGACACCUUCUUCAUCUACUGCCUGUUACCACAUGCCAGUACUGCUGAAGUGUGUCCCAAUAGUAGGCCUGGAGAUACUCUGGUCAGUAGCGUUAUCCCAGGCAGGGGAUACAUUGAUUUCUCACAACCUACUGUAUUGGGACUCCCUAAUCCAUUCAAUCUGACUGGAAUAUCAACAGCCUGGGAGGGAGCUCAACUUUACAUACCGGUGUUUGAUUUUGAUAGCAGUAUAGAUGAUCUUAUUGCAAGAUAUCGAUUUGAUCUCAGUCUUUCAGUAGAAUCGACAAAUAUAUUUUCUACCUCAUCAAGUAUCAAGGCGGUUAUCACUCUGAGGGCUACUGUGCUGUGUGCUCCAUUCUACUCAGGAAGCAGUUGUGAGCUCUUCAAUCACUGUGAGUCCAAUGGUGUCACAUGCAGUAACCAAGGAACAUGUACAAAUGACCUUGAUUCCUACACCUGUGUCUGCAAUGCUGGCUAUAAUGGUGCUGAUUGUGAGGAUGAUAUUGAUGAGUGCUUGCUAAUGGAGAGGAUGUGCAGUGGCCACGGUAACUGCUCUCAUGAAAUAGCCACCUUCACCUGCUCAUGUGAUCCUGGCUACACUGGACAGAGAUGUGAGACUGACAUUGAUGAAUGUGUGAACGUAAACUGCAGUGGACAAGGCAACUGUACUGACAGAGUUAACGGCUUUGAUUGUGAUUGUUUCCCUGGUUACACUGAUGUCAUUUGCCAGACUGACAUUGAUGAUUGUGAUGGAAUAAACUGUAGUGGAAAUGGUCGUUGUGUUGACAUGGUGAACAUGUUCCUAUGUGACUGUGAACCUGGCUACACUGGUGCUGAUUGUGAGACCAACAUUGAUGAUUGUGUGAAUAGGAACUGCAGUGGAAAUGGUGUGUGUGUGGAUGGUGUCAACUCGUUCAGUUGUGAAUGUGAGUCUGGCUUCACUGGAGAGAUGUGCAGUGUGGAGACACAAGCAAAGAUGACUAGCUCGACUGACACUGAGUUCUCUUCCGCUUUGGCUUAUGCCCUUUCUUGUGUGAAGAGAAGUCAUUUAGUUCUGAGGGAUAAACAGCUUGAGACUCUACGGAUGCUGUACAAAGGGCAUGAUGUUUUCCUGUGGGUUCCUACUGGAUAUGGAAAGUCUAUCUGCUACCAAACUUUGCCUUAUUUAUUCGACAAGAAGCUGGAUAGAAUCAGUUCUCCUCCUAGUGAGCGUAGUAUUGUGUUAGUUGUGUGUCCCCUAGUGUCUCUAAUGGUAGAUCAAGUGACUAGUCUACAUGAUCGUGGUGUUCCUGCUGGUAUACUCAGUGGAAACAAAGGGGUCGAUAAGAAGUUCCUUGCUAACGAGAAAGAUGUGCUUGAAGGAAAAUUUCGCCUCUUGUAUAGUGCUCCUGAAGCAAUUGUUGGUAGCCAUCGUUGGAAACAACUUUUACUGGUCCCUCCGUUGUCUACAUCGAUGGUGGCUGUGGCAGUGGAUGAGGCCCAUUGUGUGCAUAAGUGGAGUGCAGACUUUCGACCAUGUUAUGGUCGUAUCAACGAAUUACGUGCCUUCCUUCCUGCUGGACUGCCGAUGUUAGCAUCAACUGCCACCGUUACUGACGUUAUGCGACAAGAAGUGAUUGAGAAGCUUGAGAUGGAAGGCUGUAAGAUUGUAACUGUAUCUCCAAACAAGCCGAAUAUUUUUUAUUCCGUUCAAAAACGUUCCGGUGAUAUAGAACACGAUCUUUCUUUCAUAGUUGAUGAUAUAGCGACUCAUUCCAUCAAGGCCAGGCGUGUGAUUGUUUACUGCCGUUCCCUAGAUAUGUGUGCAGAUUUAUACGCUCAUUUUUUGCUCACCCUUGGAGAUAAGGCGUAUUACCCCACUGGUGCUAAGGAAAUAAGUGACAAUAGAACAUUUGGUAUGUAUCAUUCGAAAACAGACGAUCACAAUAAGCAUGUUAUUAUGCAAGGUAUGGCAAAGACUGAUGGAACGAUCCGAGUUGUGUUUGCAACUAUGGCCCUUGGAAUGGGAGUGAACUUUGUAGGCCUUACCAGUACGAUACACUACGGUGCUCCUAGAUGUAUUGAUGACUACUUCCAGGAAAGCGGCCGAGCUGGAAGAGGAGGUGAAUUGUGUACUUCGACUAUCUUCUGGCGUCCAUCUGAUGCCCCUGUGCGGAAAGACUUGAAUAACCCUCGUAAUGCUGAAAUAGUUGCAGUUAGAAGCUGCUAAUCUAAAAAGAUGUGA